CAACUCCAUUGGACAUUGGUGAUCUCCCUAUGGUAAGACGCCGCAAAUUUCCAAUAGCUCUAUGCGUCAAACUCGUGCAGAUCAGGUUGGACUUUGAGUGAAAAGAUCCCAUUCGAUCUCCAGCUUUUGUGAGCUGUACUGCUUGCCACUAUAAAAUCCCCCAUGCCCAUGGAUCAUGCUCUAGCAUGUGCUUCUUCUUUGCUUCCAUGCCAAGAGGCGGUUGAAGGGCCCCUGCUGAAUUCCCUGCUCUCCAUCAAACAAGGCCUCAACAUGUUCAUCAUAGAGGACAAAGGGGGUGCCAUUGCUAUCAUGUGCGCCUCCCUCUUUUUCCUGGGCACAUGGCCAGCGGUGCUUACCCUCUUGGAGCGCCGGGGACGGCUGCCGCAGCACACAUACCUCGACUACUCGAUAACAAACCUCCUUGCGGCGGUCCUCAUCGCGCUUACCUUUGGCCAGCUUGGGGAUGCAAAGCACAACAUGCCCAAUUUUUUCACUCAGCUCAGUCAGGACAACUGGCCUUCAGUGUUGUUUGCAAUGGCAGGGGGUAUUGUGCUCAGUAUCGGGAACCUCUCUACACAGUAUGCUUGGGCAUAUGUGGGUCUCUCGGUCACUGAGGUUAUCAGCUCAAGCAUGGUUGUUGUAAUAGGCACGACAUUAAAUUACUUCCUGGACAACCGAAUCAACAGGGCAGAGAUUCUUUUCACUGGAGUGGCAUGCUUCCUUGUUGCAGUGAUCCUUGGCUCUGCUGUUCAUGCUUCCAAUGCGGCCGACAAUGAAAAGAAACUCAGUGAAUCCAGAAAUACCUACAAAAUUGGGACGGAUGGAGGUACGGAGACAGGCAAAAAAGUUAUAGACAAAGAUGCUCCGAAGGACAUGGAGAAUGGAGCUUCUGCAGAGUAUUCCACCAAAGCCGAAGCUGGAACUGCAGAAUACCUAAUUGAGCUCGAAGAGCGCCGUUCAAUUAAGGUAUUUGGAUCAAGCACCUUUAUAGGGCUUGGGAUAGUUUUCUUUUCUGGCAUCUGCUUCUCUCUCUUCUCCCCGGCGAUCAACCUGGCCACCAAUGACCAGUGGCACACCCUGAAAGACGGUGUCCCACAUUUGGUGGUCUACACCGCCUUUUUCUACUUCUCCAUUUCAUGUUUCGUCGUCGGUAUCGGGCUGAACAUCUUGUUCCUCUACCGUCCAAUGGCUGGCGUGCCCAAGUCAUCCUUCAAGGCCUAUCUGAAUGACUGGGAAGGCAGGCAAUGGGCUCUUCUUGCUGGCUUCCUUUGCGGUUUCGGCAAUGGCUUCCAAUUCAUGGGUGGUCAGGCUGCUGGUUAUGCAGCUGCUGAUGCUGUUCAGGCAUUGCCACUUGUGAGCACAUUUUGGGGUAUCCUGCUAUUCGGGGAGUACCGGAAGUCAUCGAAGAAAACGUAUACUCUGCUCGUGUUCAUGCUGCUCAUGUUUAUCGCCGCUGUAGCAACACUCAUGGCUUCAGCAGGUCACAGGAGCACAAAGUGAUCUGUUUCCGCAUCCUUUCAUCAGUUAUUCUAGUUUGCAACUCUUCCUGCCACAAGGCGAAGAAUUCCAGACAUGAAGACAAGGGGCUUGAGCCCUUGACCCAGGAAGCAGGCCAUGUCAACACAAAGUGAACUCCAUUCAUGAAGUUUUCGUUUGAAUGGAGCUGUACAUAACCACAAAAAUGGCAAAUGUUGAUGCACUUUGAUUUCAAGUUAGUGCAGAAAUUGUAUAAAAAAUGAUGUGUGUCCGUUCUCAAAAUCUCUAGCCAAUGUAACAAGUGAAUUGCAAAAAACAUCGAUAUUGAAAGUUAGGGUUACAGAAACCAA